GAAAUACAGAGACGUGCAUUUUUGGGCCAGGUGUUCAUAUCCGCACACACCCUCGACAGAAGCUUCUCGUCGCCCCUAGACUUCCAAAGCCCAUUCCGAGGUUCCCCCUCUCCCUGUAAAACACUGAUGAGGGAUUAAGGCCCUAGGUAAGUAAAGAUCCUAUCCCGGAGUUCCUAUCCUUAAUCCACAACGUCACUACACGCACAGCAGUUUGUUCAAAUCCCCACUUACAAGAAAUCAACCAUGGAGUGUUUAAAGACAGUUUCUAUAAGAAAGCUGGAAUUGGAGCAUCGCUACAUUUUGCGACCUAAUCUCUCAUCAGAUAGGCUAUGGAUUGUGCCGAAAAGGUGCACCCAUUUAAGUGAUGCUUCUUCCAAACAUGGACACCGAGUUAAAUUAGACACAGUUAGAUAUCCCCUACGCCCACAAUUUUGGAAACAUUCAUUGUGGAGGUCUUGUGCUUCAAGUCUUAACUUGGAUGAAGAUCCUUCCCUCUCACCAGAGGAAGAACAACUGAGCAAUAAUGGCGAAGUCAUUUCCAAUGAUCCAUCCAGAAAGCUCCUUUCACGACCAAUGGCUUCAGAUGAGAUGAAGUCGCUGCUGGCUGAUGCUGAGAGAAGUAAGCUUUUAAGGAAACUCAGCGAAGCUAAUCAGUAUAGCAGGUUCCUCAAGCGACAGUUGCAAGUGACAGAUAAUGUACUAGCCAAACUCAAAAGUGAACUUGCCGUACUGGAACUUGAACUUCAGGCGUUGGUUGGUCUAGCCGAAGAGAUAGCUUCUGAUGUUCCAAGUGGUUCAAGAAAGAUUACUGGAAAAUAUAUUCAAUCUCAUCUUUUCUCUAGACUUGAAGCUGUCCGCGAAAAAGUAAAGGAACAGAUAAAGGAUGCCGACUCUCUAGGUCUCCAAGAGAUUACUGUUUUCUGGGUUGGCAUGGCUGAGAGCGUGCAAGUGAUGGGAUCCUUCGAUGGCUGGAGUCAGGGAGAGGAAAUGUCACGGGAAUAUUCAGGCGACUAUGCCAGAUUCUCUGCCACCGUGAAACUCAGACCUGGAAAGUACGAGAUUAAGUUCUUGGUUGAUGGUGAGUGGCAGCUGUCUCCCGAAUUUCCUACUGUCGGUGAGGAUAUGACGAAAAACAAUCUUUUAAUAGUUCAGUAAACUAAUUCACAUGUUUCAUGUUAGAGUAUCAUGUAAUAUAUUUUUUUCGUAAAAUUUCGUUUCUUAUUCCUGAUAUUUUACUGGAGAGGAACAUCGCUAGUUUCUGUGGCUGUUUGUUUCUGUGUAUGUACAUGGCAGUGCCAAGAACUUACUGUAUAUAUACCUAUGGAAGUAGAUGACGGUGCCAAGAACCUACAGUAUAUAUAUACCUAUUUAAAGUUCCAAAUGAA